CCUAAUUCCUGCUUACAAUCUGCAUUCUACUUAAAUACGUGUCAUGAGUCACUCAUCUUACAUCGAACCCGCACGAGAGAACCUUCUUCACAAAGACAGCAUACAACAUGUCGACCUCGAAAGCAUAUCCUGGUUCCUGUCACUGCGGCUUCGUCCAGUAUCAAGUUCGCCUCCAGCUCCCUCCUACCAACGAUGGUCAAGCGAAAUCAGUUCGUUUGUACAAAUGCAAUUGUUCAACAUGCCAAAAGAUGGGUUUCUUCCAUUGCCGACCGAUAAACCCCGAGAAUGAUUUCAUCCUUAUCUCACCCACCAACAUUGACGAGCUCGGAGACUAUCGUGUAUUUUCGAAAACGAAUGGCUGGUACUUCUGCAAGAGAUGUGGUGUCCGUGUUUUCGGCGUAGGUGGCGUGUGGGAGUCAAAGCAAAUUGAUGUCGAACAUUGGGCAGGCGAGAAGCGCGAAGAAGAGAAAUCGCAGCUAGUCCUGACAUCUAAGCCUACGACUAAGACGAAGGUAGUCGAUGGGAAAGACGUGACGGAACCUUAUCACUACGUCAGUGUGAAUGCGGUCACGCUCGAGCCUAGCGAGGAUAUCGACCUCAGAAUGUGGCGUGAGAAGGAGUGGCUCUUAUACAUUGACACCAGGGAAGGAACUGGAAAGCCUCGUUCAGAUAAGCCCCACGAAGGUGGAAUGUACUGAGAGGGGGUGACGGACACGGCGCAAUCAAAGUUUCCAUUAGGACACUGUCUACUCAAUCUAUCAAAUCAAAGUCCAGUAUCUACCAUUGGUCAUGGUUCGUAGCUAGACUAAACCGUUCCUUGAAACGCGAUUCCCCAUCUGUCCGAGCAUAAGGCAUCUGCUCAGUUUGAUUAUUUUGUUCCUGCUCUGCAAUUAUCUCAUUCGCCUUGUUCACAGCCCGCUGUUGAACAGACUCCCGAUUCGACGGAUCCGAGGCGGUGUGGAGAUAGCGGUCAAUCGCCUGUUCUUUUGCCUCCUGUAAUGAACGCUUGAUUUCUGCCUCACGCGGCGCAAUCACGUCUUUGAUAUACUUGCUGUGAGUUUUUGGAAACUCGGGGUUGAUCAAGGUCGCGUCAGCAUCGCCCUCGAAACGAG